GCUAGGGUCGCUUGAACCCUGUACGCGACAAUGUCGAUAAACUGGGUUAUGCUCAACCAGGGCGGCUUCGUCAAGCUAGGCAAUGAACGCAUCUUGAUGAAGCUCGAAUCGAGAAUCUCAUGCGACCUGUCUGUGCCCCAGGAGCUGAGAGCACGAUGUGCCUCGUUUCAACGCAAAAGUGAUAGAGGCACCCUCUUCCUAACCAACAAGAGAAUCGUAUACCUACCUUUAAAACCUACACAAGAACCAAAAUUUGAGUCUUUCAGCGCCCCAAUCCUUAAGUUUCAAGAUUCUACUACAUCAUCUUCCAUGUGGUGGGGAUGGGUCUGGAAGUCAGACUGCAUCCCCGUAUCUGGGGGCGGCAUACCACCGGAUAUUCCUCGACUUGAGGUCAAAUUCACAUUUUCAGAUGGAGGCAUGAUGGAUUUCAAUGAAGCUUAUAUCCGGCUGCGGGAGCGUCUUUACCAGUACCAAGAGAUGCGCCGCGAGAUGGGCCCUGGUGCUGACGUCCCCGAUGAACCUCUGCCCGCCUAUGAAGCUCCCUCCGCACAACAAGCAUCUGCAUCAACCACAGCAGAUGCCCGCCCCAAUCGAUCUGAGAGUGCUGCUAGCGCCAGGGCACCGGAUGAACCACCACCGAAUUACGAUGAAGCACAGGCGCAGCAGUUGAAUAUUCGAUUGGAGGAUCAUGUCCGGGGCGAGAUUGAUCGGGGAGCAUACGAAAAUGAUGAUUAACGGCCGCACUGAACCACGCCAAAGCUGUGGUCGUAUUACAGAUACCAAGAUUUAAGCACAGCAUUCAUAAACUCAUUGUAUUGUGUCUUGUUGUUUCUCGGGUUAUGUAUUGCGAAGGAUCUGCUAGAAUUAUGUCACUGCCUGGGAUUCUUCCUCUUAUCUGCCUGAAGCUGUCCAAAAUUUGGAAACAUAGCGAUUUUGGAUAGCCAUUCAACAUGAUUAAAAUAAAUAUCUUC